CCCAAAGUGGUCCAGGUGGACCCCCAGGGGUCCAUGGAAGACUCGAUGGGGGUUCACGUUGGCGUGACAAAAAAAUGGGGGUUCGCAGUUCGUAAGCUGGGGUCCACGAAAAUUUAUCUGGUUUCGAUAGUGAAGAACUGAAAUGUUGGUUUGAUUUCACCUAUCAACGUAGGCAGAUAAUAUUUUGAGAAGUUCACCGACUGUUACUUGUAAAUCUUUCAUAUUCCAUAUUCAGUACAACGUGUCGAGACUUGAAAAGGGCCGCCGCUGCCGUCUGCAGCGCUUGGUUGGAAAUGCAAAUACGAAAUACGACUUGUGGUGUGCAAGCUUUCAAUCUUGCACGGACUUGUUGGAUUCUUCACUAAUAUAAAUACGAAUGCCAAGAAUCAACGUUACUCAUUUGUUUCCGGAAUUUCGAACAGAAAAGUUAAGUGAAUCGAUUUUAGUGUUUGCCAGUGUCGGAAAAAGUACGUAACUGAUACGCAACAUGGCUGAAUAUAAGAAAAAAUGUCGACGGUACAGUGUUGAUUAUUUAAAAUUUGGUUUUCUUCCAUCAAAGGCAGAUAAGCGAUUGCCCAUAUGCCUUUUAUGCAACAAACUUUUGAGCAAUGACUCUAUGAAACCAUCGAAGCUCGAAGAUCAUCUAAGAAGGUGUCAUCCCGAUAAAGUAGGUAAAGAUUUGAAAUAUUUUCAAACAUUGAAGGAAAAAUAUGAAAAGAGACCCACUGUGCAAAGCAUGUUCGCUUCAACGUCUGAAAGUAACGAGGAUGGCUUGCGGGCAUCUUACAAUAUUUCAUUGCUUAUAGCGAAAUCUGGAAAACCGCACACCAUUGGAGAACAAUUAAUUUUACCCGUUGUUGAAGAGGUUUUGAAAACUGUUCUGCACAAAUCUCCAUUUGACAUACUCAAAAGAAUUCCUUUGAGUAACAACACUGUACAAAGACGUAUUGAUGAAAUGAGCUCUGAUAUUGAAAGUUUCUUGUGUAAUUAUCUGCAAACAACUCAUUUUUCUAUACAAUUGGACGAGUCAACUCUACCUGGUAAUGAAGCAUUACUAUUGGCUCAUGUUCGAUUUGUUAUGGACGAAGAAAUGCAUGAAGAGCUACUCUUCGCGAAAAAAUUGGAGACGGACACUAAAGGUGAAUCAAUAUUCAAUAUCCUGAGUGAUUUUUUUAGGGAAAAAUCGAUACCAUUCACAAACGUUAUUUCGGUGGCAACAGAUGGAGCUCCUGCCAUGGUCGGGCGAUAUCGUGGGUUUAUAAGCCAUCUUAAAAGAAUUGUACCAGAGGUAAUUGCAAUUCACUGUGUCAUCCACCGACAACACCUCGUAGCAAAAAAUUUGUGUGGCAGAUUGCACCAAUCGCUUCAAUUUGUGAUUAAUGCAGUUAACAAAAUAAGAAGCAAUGCAUUGAAUACGCGUUUAUUUGCACAAUUGUGCGAUGAAAAUGAUGAAGAUUUUCGACGAUUGCUCUUACAUACUGAAGUACGCUGGUUAUCGAAAGGUGCAUGUUUAACAAGAUUUUACUUACUUUUUGAAUCUGUUCUAGAGUUUUUGGAUAGUAAAGAUUCAGAUUUAAAAAAAAACCUGAUCAAUUCGAAAGCAGACAUCGCGUAUUUGACGGAUUUGUUCAAAAAAUUCAAUGACCUCAACUUACAAUUACAAGGGGAUAGCCUCAAUUUAAUAAAAACAAAGGGUGCAGUCUCAGCUUUUCUUGGAAAAUUGAAAUUUAUGAAGCAAAAUAUUAGUCGGCGAGAAUUUUCUCAAACUUGUCACAGGUAGAACGCCUUGAUGAGGAUAUUCAGACAUACGUUCAACAUUUAAUUGCCCUGCAUGAUGACUUUAAAAUCAGAUUUGAAGAUAUCUUGACAAUGGAAAUACCACCAUGGAUCAUAAAUCCAUUUGAUGAAACGGAAGUGGGGAUUGUGAUAUUACAAGAGGAGCUACUUGAACUCAGCACUAAUGAGGAACUGAAGGUUAAAUUUAAAAGAGGAUAUCAAGCAUUUUGUCAGAAAUACCCGAAAAAUAUCCUGGACUGUGGGGAAUUGCGAGAAAGCUUCUGAUAGCCUUUCCCUCGUCAUAUCUUGUCGAAAAAAGCUUCAGUGUCGUCACAAAUCUUUUAACAAAAAAACGGAGCAGAUUAAAUAUCAC